AUGAAACCGGAUGCCGAACGUAAGAAUGAGCAGGGAUACUUAUCGCAAGAUGGGCUGGCCACGGAGAGUUCAAUGGUCAGUUUCGAUCCGCAGAAGGAAGCCAACUUGAUUCGCAAGAUCGAUCUGCACAUUGUGCCCUUUCUAGUCGUUCUAUACCUCUUCAGCUUCCUCGAUCGAGUAAACAUCGGAAAUGCGCGGCUAUAUGGCAUGGAGAAGGACUUGGGUCUGCAUGGAAAUCAAUUCCAGAUUGCGGUUUCUAUUCUAUUCGUGCCGUAUUGUUUGCUUGAAGUUCCCUCAAAUCUUGUAAUCAGGAAACUUACCGCCUCUCGAUAUAUCGCAUUCAUUACAACGGUUUGGGGCAUCAUAGCUACCUUGACGGGGAUCACGCAAAACUUCACCGGUCUCGUCAUUUGCCGCAUUUUUCUAGGGAUCGUGGAGGCGGGUCUAUUCCCCGGCCUCGUUGCCUAUAUGACCCUGUUUUAUGGAAAACGAGAAAUCGCGCUUCGAGUCGGAUACUUGUUUAGCGCUGCAGCGCUGGCAGGUGCAUGCGGCGGGCUUCUCGCCUACGCCAUCGGCCACAUGGAUGGAGUCGCAGGGCAGAGGGGCUGGAGAUGGAUUAUGAUUAUAGAAGGGCUGCCAUCUGUGCUUCUGGGUAUAGUGACCUGGUUUGGGCUUGCUGAUGACCCGGACACGGCGUAUUACCUCAGCAAUGAAGAAAAGGCGCUCAUGAGAGCGCGCCGAAGUCGAGAGGUGGGCCAGACCGAGUCUGCCCAGCAGUUCCAUAUCGAAGAUGCGAAAGAAGGCGCCAAAGAUUGGACGGUUCUGCUUUUCUGCUUGGGCCAGUUUGGCGUUGACGCUGUCUUAUACGGGUACAGCACAUUUCUUCCCACCAUCAUCAAGGGUAUCGGCCAAUGGUCCACUACGCAGGUCCAAGCCUUGACUAUUCCCUGUUAUGCUGUUGGCGCUAUCACCUACUUGGUGGUUGCUUGGUUUAGUGAUAGGACUCAAAAGCGUGGCGUUUUUACAGUGAUCUUUUGUGGCAUUGCCAUUGUCGGAUAUGGCGUUCUGAUCGCAGAUGCAAGCGCCGGUGUCCAUUAUUUUGGCUGUUUCUUGGUUGCGGUGGGCCUUUACGUUUGUGUCGGACUUCCCCUGGCCUGGCUACCAACCAACCUGCCACGUUUUGGGAAACGGGCAUUUGCCAGCGGCCUUCAGCUCACACUCGGAAACGUUGCUGGGAUUGUCACCCCAUUCCUGUAUCCGAACAAUACUGGUCCGAGGUUCGUGAUGGGCCAUGCUGUGACACUUGGCCUGACGGCGUUUUCAGCGUGCAUCUAUGCGUUUAUGUGGUAUUGGUACAAGAGAGCGAAUACACUGAGAGAGCAGGGCAAGGAAGAUGACAAGCGUGCUGCCCUGAUGGAAUACGCCUUCUGGACCAAAGCUGCCCAUCUCCCUGGCCAUGACGUCAAAACCACCGGCUUUCCACGUCAGGGUUGGCAAGGCGUCUCCAUCGUUUCUGAAAACCCAUCGCUGGCUGUCACGAUGAACGGGGCAUCUGAUAAGAUCGGCGAUCAAACUAGCCGCGGUAUUAACCCGUUUGGGACUAAUGCGCGCUUGGGGGGAUCCUCAACAUCGACGACACACGUCGCUCCGAACAGCACCGACAAUGGUAAUAGCAUUGGCCGUUACUCGUCGUUAACAGGCAAAGAUGGCCCGUCAACUCAUUCAGACGCGCCCUUGGGCCCAUGGUGUUCCGGAUCUGGAACUUCGUCGCCUAAUGGACAAUAUGAGAUGCCAGAGGAGCAAGAUGGCGACAGUGACAAAAUCCUAUCGCACAGCCGCUCCGCAGUGAUUGAACAAUCAAGCGCAGGGACCGGUGCUCCACCUAGUGAAGAAUGGACCAACCUUCAGCAGAUCCUGUCCACUAUGUUUGGACGGGCGAGACAGGAAGUCUCGGAGGAGGAGAAAACCAGACACGUCGGAUUGGUGUGGAAGAAUCUGACCGUGAAAGGAGUUGGGAUUGGAGCUACUUUGCAGCCGACGAAUUCGGAUGUAUUGCUUGCGUUGCCAAGAUUGCUUUACAAACUGUUUACAGGGAAUAUCCGGAAGAAGAAGCCCGUGAGGACGAUACUAGAUGAUUUUACGGGAUGUGUUAAACCUGGGGAGAUGCUUCUUGUUCUGGGUCAGCCGGGCUCUGGUUGCUCGACAUUCUUGAAGGUUUUAGGCAAUCAACGGGCUGGGUACGAGGAUGUUCAAGGCGAAGUCACAUACGGAGGCAUUGACGCCAAAACAAUGGCUAAGAAUUAUAGAUCGGAGGUCUUGUAUAACCCUGAAGAGGACCUUCACUACGCGACACUUACAGUCAGACAAACACUUAAUUUCGCUAUUAAGACGCGUACACCUGGAAAGGAAUCCCGAAAACUCGGUGAAUCCCGCCGUCAGUACCGCCAGGCAUUCCUCAAGAGUGUUGCCAAGCUAUUUUGGAUCGAACAUUGUUUAGAUACAAGAGUCGGAAACGCAAUAGUCCGCGGAGUCUCUGGGGGAGAAAAGAAGCGUGUAUCGAUAGCGGAGGCUCUUAUUACCAAAAGCCAGGUCAUACUUCUCACAGAAGGGAAAUGCGCUUACUUUGGGUCAACGAGCGAUGCCAAGGAAUAUUUCGAGAACCUUGGGUUUGAAUGCCCGACUAGAUGGACCACUGCGGACUUUUUGACUUCUGUUACGGAACCGCAUGCUCGAAGAGUCAAGCAAGGCUGGGAAGACCGCAUCCCGCGGUCGGCGGAACAAUUCAAACAAGCCUACGAUGCGAGCGCGGCUCAGAAGGGUGCAGUAGAAUCCAUCGCUGAAUUCGAAAAUGAGAUAGAAGCCCAUAAAGAUGAGCUAGAAAGUUUAAGACAGAAAACACCAAAGAAGAAUUUUACGAUCCCGUAUUAUCAACAGGUCCUUGCGCUGAGCCAACGACAGUUCCUGGUCACGAUUGGCGAUCGGCAAUCGCUUUUCGGAAAAUGGAGCGUCGUCCUCUUCCUUGCUUUGAUCGUUGGCAGCCUGUUCUAUGACCUCCCUAAAACUAGUCAAGGGGUGUUUACUCGUGGAGGAGUCAUGUUUUACAUUAUAUUGUUCAACGCUCUGCUCGCUAUGGCAGAACUGACCGCGACAUUCGAAAGCAGGCCAAUCUUGAUCAAGCAUAAAAGCUUCUCGUUUUACCGCCCUUCUGCUUAUGCCCUAGCGCAAGUGGUUGUCGAUGUUCCCCAGGUCUUCACUCAAGUUUUCAUUUUCCUGAUUGUGGUGUAUUUCAUGGCGAACCUCGCUCGCACAGCGUCUCAGUUUUUUAUUGCACUGUUAUUUGUGUGGCUGGUUACUAUGACCAUGUACUCUUUUUUUCGUGCAAUAGGAGCCCUGGUCACAUCCCUGGAUGCGGCUACGAGAAUCACCGGUGUUGCGAUUCAAGCCUUGGUUGUUUAUACUGGGUACUUGAUUCCGCCUGGCAAAAUGAGGCCGUGGUUGAAAUGGCUGAUAUGGAUUAAUCCCGUUCAAUACACAUUCGAAUCUUUGAUGGCCAACGAAUUUUAUAACCUACGAAUCGAUUGUGUCCCUCCUGCGCUAGUUCCCCAAGGCCCAAACGCAUCCCCUCAAUUCCAAAGUUGCGCCGUCCAAGGUAGCGAACCUGGGCAAACAGAUCACCUGUGGCGAAAUUUUGGCAUCAUUAUUUCGUUAUUUGUCCUUUUUAUCGCAUUGACUAUGUUUGGCACCGAACUUCAAGCCAGCUCCCGAAGUUCAGCCCACGGUGGCGCAGCUGUCACCGUUUUUAUGCGAGGGCAGCUCCCGCCUUCUGCUAAACAUGAGAUGCAGGAUACAAAGCGAAACCGUGACGAAGAAGAAGGGAAGCAGAGCAUGGUAUCGAACGGAUCCGAAACCGAGCCUAUGGAUGAAAAGGAGGUUCAAGACAUAUCGAAAAACGCUGCCGUGUUUACGUGGCAAGACGUCAACUACACAAUUCCCCAUAAAGGAACGAAAAAGAAACUUCUACAGGACGUCCAAGGAUAUGUCAAACCGGGUCGUUUGACUGCCUUAAUGGGUGCAUCUGGUGCAGGAAAAACCACGCUUCUCAAUGUCCUGGCGCAGCGUGUGGAUUUUGGUGUCGUUACUGGAAGUUUCCUCAUAGACGGAAAACCUCUUCCAAAGAGCUUCCAGCGCGCAACUGGCUUUGCGGAGCAAGCAGAUAUCCAUGAACCGACUACUACCGUUCGAGAGUCCCUCAGGUUUUCUGCGCUUCUCCGGCGACCGAAGGAAGUUCCACUGAAAGAGAAAUACGAUUAUUGUGAACGCAUUCUCGAUCUGCUUGAACUACAGUCCAUUGCCGGGGCUACAAUAGGCCAUCCAGGUGCAGGACUUAACCAGGAACAGCGCAAGAGGGUAACUAUCGCUGUGGAAUUAGCAAGCAAACCAGAUCUGCUUCUGUUUUUGGACGAACCCACGUCAGGACUGGAUUCGCUCGCUGCUUUCAAUAUUAUCCGUUUUCUGAGAAAAUUAGCGGACGUGGGGCAGGCUAUUCUGUGUACUAUCCAUCAACCCUCUGCAGUUCUGUUCGAGGAAUUUGACGAUCUCUUAUUGCUCCAAGCGGGUGGUAGAGUGGUUUUUCACGGAGAGCUAGGAACGGAUUCCCGAAAAUUGAUUGAAUAUUUCGAGGGCAAUGGCGCAAGGCCGUGUCCACGGGAUGCAAACCCGGCAGAGUAUAUGCUUGAUGUUAUCGGUGCUGGCAAUCCAGACUAUGAAGGUCCAGAUUGGGCAAACAUCUGGGCAAGCUCACCAGAACACCAGGCCGUCACCGAUGAGAUCAAACGGAUCGUCGAUUCUCCAAAGCAGGGCGAAAGUAAUGCUGGCGCAGCUGGAGAACAAGAAUUCGCAAUGCCGCAACGUACACAGAUCAUAGCAACCACUAAGCGUUCGUUUAUCGCAUACUGGCGCACUCCUAAUUACACAAUUCACGUUGUUGCCGGAGCUACCAUAUUCUAUCGUGGCUGGAACUUUGUUUUUCUGCUGCUGAUGCUGCCCAUCGGCCACGAAGCUAAAGUAUUCAAGGUACUUCGGAACAUGGUUUCCUCGAGAUUCGUUCGCUGUUGGAUUUACGUGGAUGCUGCUUAUGCUUCGAUGUCACCAAACGAACUAUUCGCAUCUCUCCUUGUCCCAGCCUUCUUCACAUUUGUCGUCUCCUUCUGUGGGGUGGUGGUUCCGUAUCAGAAUAUGCCAUACUUUUGGCGCUCCUGGAUGUACUGGCUUACUCCCUUCCGCUAUUUACUUGAGGGGUAUCUCGGGGUCAUCACGAAUAAAGUCCCAGUUCGAUGCGCUGAAAAUGAAUUUGCACGGUUUCGAGCCCCACCCGGAAUGACUUGUGAGCAGUAUGCAGGGCCGUUUACGAGACAGGGAGGUGGAUAUAAGUGGAGAGAUUAUGUGAGUUGUGCCCUUCUCGUCCGUGACUUUACAGAUUCAAGGCUAAUGGUGAUCGAUUCAGGCGAUAUUCUGGUCAAAUACAAGGUUGCGCAGUUAUUGGGGGCAGUCCUAUCACCGUCCUCGGCAUGA